AUGUCAGAAUAUAGGACACGAAUUGUCGGGGCACCCAACACCUUGGAUCACCGAGUUUUCAUUGAGAGAGAUGGACAAGUGAUUUCUGCGUUUCAUGACAUUCCUCUUUUCGCAAAUGAUUCCAAGACGAUUUUGAACUUUGUGGUUGAAAUCCCUCGAUGGACGAAUGCGAAAAUGGAGAUUUCCAAAGAGGAAGCAUUUAAUCCCAUCAAACAGGAUGUCAAAAAAGGUAAACUUCGCUUUGUUCGUAACUGCUUCCCGCAUCAUGGAUACAUUUGGAAUUAUGGUGCUUUUCCGCAGACUUGGGAGGAUCCUACUGUAAUGCACCCAGAAACAAGAGCCAAAGGUGAUAAUGAUCCGGUCGAUGUUUGUGAAAUUGGGGAACAAGUUGGUUUCACUGGCCAAAUUAAACAGGUUAAAGUAUUGGGAAUUAUGGCUCUCUUAGAUGAAGAUAUCGAGGAUGUCGAAAGACAUUUGCCUGGGCUUAUUCGUGCAACAAAUGAAUGGUUCCGUAUUUAUAAAAUUCCCGAUGGUAAACCUGAAAAUCAAUUUGCUUUCGGCGGCGAGGCUAAAAAUAAGAGAUACGCUACUGAAAUAAUUCAUGAAACUCACGAAGCAUGGCGUCGGCUUAUUAUCGGAAAUAUUCCGGCGAAAACAGAUAAAUACGAACUUAGCGUUGCAAAUCUCACAGUUGACACUAGCCCUGGUAGGAUUACCGCUGAUGAUUCGUUGUAUAAAUCUAUUCCUAUUGAUUCAAGGCAAUCACCAGCACCUAUCGAUCCAUCAAUUGACAAGUGGUUUUUUAUUUCUGGAACAUCCAAUUUGUAA